UCCCGCUAAGUAGACGGUACCAUCCAGUCUCGGGUCAAAGUUCAUAAGAAGUCUGCAGUGCGUGUUCCGCUCGUGCCGGGUUUUUAAUUUCUUUAUUUUGGAAUAGGUGGCAAUUUCAUUUUAUUUCCUUCAGAAAUAUGGCCUCAGAUUCAGGCUACGGGCAGCCUGGCGCUCAACAAAGCUACGGAUCUUAUGGUGGAUCCCAGGGCUAUCCAGGAGGACAGCAGGGAUAUGGCCAAGGCAACGGGAGCGGCUCUUACAGUGCACAGAGUUAUGGCAGUUAUGGACAGUCUGGUGGAGAGAGUUAUGGCCAGUCUACUCAGGGUUAUUCCUCUGGUGGUUAUGGUCAACAACAACAGCAACCGCCGCAGCCUCCUCCUCAGCAGCAGCCGGGCUAUGACAGCUAUGGACAGCAGGGAUCUGAAUCCUCGUCCAGUUAUGGCGAUAAGUCAUACGGGCAGCAGCGAUCUUACGGACAACAGUCAGGAGGAGGUGCUGGUGGAGGUGCGUACAGCCAGUCCAGUGGCUCAUACGGGGGGUCUCAAGGUGGAUAUGUGCGACGCAAUGAUGGUGAUAACCGGAGGUUUGGCGAUGACAGUGGCUCUGACAGGUCGGAGGGUUUCAGGGGCAGAGGUCGUGGGGGUUAUGAUCGUGGUGGUUAUGACCGCGGAGGCUACGACAGAGGUGGCCGUGGCGGCCCACCCUCCGGUAUGGGUGGUGGUGACCGUGGUGGCUACAAAAAUUACGGUGGACCCAGAGACUACAGUCAAAAGGAUGAUGGAGAUGGCGAUCAGGAUAACUCGGACAAUAACACCAUCUUUGUCCAAGGUCUUGGUGAAGAUGUGACCACUGAUGAAGUGGGUGACUACUUCAAACAAAUUGGAAUAAUUAAGGUCAAUAAGAAGACUGGCAAACCUAUGAUCAACCUGUACACCGAUAAAGCCACCGGACGACUGAAGGGUGAAGCCACAGUGUCCUUUGAUGAUCCUCCCUCAGCCAAAGCUGCCAUUGACUGGUUUGAUGGAAAAGAGUUCAAUGGAAGACCCAUCAAGGUGUCAUUCGCUACCAGAAGGGCUGAGUUCACCCAGCGAGGAGGAGGAGGAGGAGGUGGUGGACGAGGACGUGGUGGUUUUCGAGGCAGAGGGGGCUUUGGUGGAGGUCCCUCGUUUGAUGUCAAGGGUGGAGAUUGGCCUUGUCCCAACAGCUCUUGUGGCAACAUGAACUUUGCUAGAAGAUACGAAUGUAACAGGUGUGGAACGCCAAAACCAGAAGGUGACAGCUUUGGAGAUGAUCGUGGUGGUCGAGGCGGAUAUGGAGGUGAUCGUGGGGACCGCGGCGGAUUUAGAGGAGGCAGAGGAGGUGGCGGCUUCCGGGGUGGAGACCGUGGAGGAUACGGCGGCGGCGGUGGAGGAUACAAAAUGGGUGGAAGGGGAGACCACAGAGAGGAGAGACGAGGCCGGCCGUACUGAAGCCUUCACGCGGAUGCCAUUCCAGACCUUUGUUUAUUGUGGGGUGGGGAUGAGAGGGUACGGGGAGAGGUUUGUGUCCGCAAUCCUUUCUGUUGCAUGAGCGUCCUGCAUUUACUGUCUGAAAUGAGCAGUUUUUCCCAUAAAUGUUGAAUCUACUGUGAGGGGCUGAGUGAGGGGAACGGGAUGAAUUUGUACAGCUUCAGUCCUGUAAGGAAAUAGCAGCACUGGCCACAGAUCAGCUUUAAAGGGUCAUUCUGCUCUGGGUGAAGGGGGGAGGGUCCAGAUGUUAUUUUUGUUACUUUUUAAUUUCCAGACUUGUUGAAUCCGGCAUUUAGUGUGUGAUAGAUUUGUGAGAUGCUUAUUGUUUUGUAAAAAUCAAUCAACAUGAACCGUUUUACUUGUUUCUUUUUGUUUUUGUUUUCUUUUUGCAAAAAAAUAUUAAACACCCUUUUGAUCUUA